AUGGUAAUUCUAGACAAGGUUUCAAAUGGAUACCGCGAAUUCAUUUUGCCUAUGGCACUUCAAGACGAAGUGCUCUGCAGGGCGGUUGCAGUCGUGGCGGCCCAGCACCUUAGCCAGGGGCUGCCUGCGCUGGAAGUGGCUGCUGAGAAGGGCCGCGCGGCGGUGAUCUCACGACUCCGACGGGAUGCAUCAUUUGAAUCUCAAGUCUUCAACGAAUUCACAUGGGCCACUUUGAUAGUUCUUCUCGUGGGUGAGACCGUUACAGGAAAUGUUGACUACGGCCUCCUUGUCCAGAUGCUGCUAUGCUUGUCAAACAAUCAUGCCGUCAAGACGAAGCGAUCGCCAUUGACUCAAUUCCUUGAGGCUCAGACACACAUGUUAGUUGAUGAAAAUGUGCCUCCUGACUUCUUAGCCCUGAAAGUUAACAUGCCUGCAAGGUUCACAAUGUUAGGACAGCCUUUUCUUGGAGAAGACGAUGGCGUCAAGUUCAUACAAAGGACAUUUGACGGCUGUACAGACUGGCUUCCAUGCGAAGAACUUCCUCUACAUAGCGAAGAUAGGCGGAACGUGGUUCUGAUAAGACAGUGCUUCGCAGAGGCCUGUAACAUCUACCUUGGGCGUGCCACUACCAAUCACAAACAGGAAGUGGUCAUCGAGCGUCUGACACAACUUCUACUUCAAAUCGACAGCGAUGCACGGGGUGCUCACGCAUUGGUAUGGGUCUAUUUUAUCGCGGGAGCCGAGGCCAAUGAUCCGCAGCAAAGGGAGUUUUUUGUCACCCGCAUGAACGAGACCUAUCAACAGACAAGGUUUCGCAAUAUUCCAGCCGCUGUGCAGUCACUCCAAAGGAUAUGGAUGAGGAGAUCGAGUCAGAAGUGGACGAGCUGCCUUCCGGAGCUGACGCGGGUUUUGGUCAUGUGA